GCCGCCAGAUAACGAACGCAUUCACAACUCGUAUCAGCCCUUCCUUUCACCACUCCCUCCGUACCUCCCCGUCAAGCUUGUCCCAGUGUCCGGUUUGUCAGUCUGUGGGUGAGCCAUCAUGAGGAGAGCGUCGCUGCUGGGGGUGACGGCCCUGUGUCUCGCCGCGUUUGUCGCUGCUGACACGCGACCCGGCCGACAGGAGGACAAAUCAACCCCCGAGGACGGAGUUCUACGGCUGAGGAAAGGAAAUUUCGACAGGGCACUGAGAAAACAUAAGCAGCUGCUGGUGCACUUCUAUGCACCCCUGUCUGGAGAAGGCCAUCAAGUCUUAGCAGCGUUCAAAGGUGCUGCUGCAGAGCUUCAGGGGUCAGAGGUCAAACCGGCAGUGCUUGAUGUGACAGAGGAGAAGGAGCUGGCUAAGGAGCUCAACGCGACCGGCCUUCCUGCAAUCAAGCUGUACCUCUCAGGAGAUAAACACAACCCUGCAGAGUGUCCCGUUCCUCGGAGCUCUGCCUCCAUCUUGACCUGGCUGAAGAGGAGGGCGGGGUCUGCUGCUGACCUCGUCGCUGACCUUAGCCAAUCAGAGGCCUCAGAGGAACUGACGGUGGUCGGAUUCUUCAAGGAGCUGAACUGCGAGUACGUCCAGGUGUUCUACGCCGCAGCCAUCGACCUCCCUGAUGUAAGCUUUGCUGUGACACAGGACGAUCAAGUUAUCAGCAAAUAUGGCCUCCCACAUGAUGUUGUGCUGCUGCUGAAAAGGUCUAAGCUCAUCCUGGCUUACAAAAUGAUGCCUCAGACAUCCAAAGAGGAGCUGAUCAUUUUUAUCACCGUCUACCAGAUGGACCCAGUCACUGAGUACACCGGAAAGACAGCCACUCAGAUUUUAACAUCCCCUGUGUUGAACCACGCCCUCCUGUUUGCCAACAAGAGCUCUGCUGACUUUAAAGAGAUCUACUUUGCCUUUAACAGAGCUGCAGAGGCCUUCAGGCUGAAAAUUUUGUUUGUGUGGGUGAACGUGGACGAGCCUCGGAAUGGCAGGCUGAUGGAGUACUUCCAGGUUCGGGCGUUCGAGGCUCCUCUCGUCCGACUGGUCAACCUGACAGACCAUGUGACCUAUCACCUGCCCUCUGACACUCUGGAUGUAGAGAGCAUAAAAAAAUUCUGCCAGUCCUACCUAGAGGGCACGGCUAAGCCUAAGAUGCAGAGUGAGCCGAUACCUGAGGGAUGGGACAAACGGCCGGUGAAGGAGCUGGUGGGAAUGACUCUGGAGAAAGUCGCCUUCAACCCCAACAAGACUGUUUUUGUCCUGUUCUAUCUUCCCUACAGUCAGCAGUCCCGUGCUCUGUUUCCGCUGUGGGAAGAGCUAGCCGAGGCCUUGAAGGAGCGAGAGGACGUGGUUGUCGCUCGCAUCGACGCCUCAGCCAAUGACAUCAACAUAUCGAUGCAGGGCACCUACCCGUCACUCUGCCUGUUCCCUGCUCUAUAUGCUGAAAGAGUGGUGUUUUACCCUGGGAAGAGGAAGCUGAAGGACCUGAUUAAGUUUGUAAAUAAAGAGAUGGAGAAAGCCAAAAAAGACAGAGUUAAGGAGGAUGAAGACAGGAGAGAGUACAUUGAGGCCAUAAAAGCUGAAGAGGCAAAAAAAGCCAACAAAACGAAAGACGAGCUUUAAUCCAAAGAGGGGGAGCGAAGAGUGUGUGUGUGUGUGUCUGUGUGUGUGUGUGUGUGUCUCUAAACACAGAUCUGGUUUUAUCUACUCAACCAAGCCGUCAUGAACCAUCUGUCCAAUCACAUCCUAUAAAGUCUUCAGUGAAACUUUUUAUUUAUUUAUCCUCAGUGGGUCUCUGUCGUUGUCACGUUGAUCACGAGGAUUCAGACUUGACGCAGACUUGAUGUUGACUUCAACUAAGCCAAAAUAAUCCUUCACGUAUAACUGUGGACUAAUAAAUAAUAAAGACCUUGA